GAAAAGGCUGGCUGCUGCAUGUCGCCCUGAAAGUCCCAGGAGCUCUGCUGAAAGGAAAAGAUUAAUAAAACUUGCAACAGAAAACUGCAAAGACGAAACUGUCCUGCAGUGGCUGAGAGAAAAUUCAGAGUCUGGCACCUUCAGAAAACUCUCAGACAUGUUUGAUUUUCUGAAAAGUAAAAUUGAUGAGGAAGAGAAGAAGAACCAUGAUGACACUGUUGACAUAAUCUUUGUGGCACAUGGAGCAAUCAGAGACUCCAUGAUCCCAGCCAAGUGUUUGCUGCCUCUGCCCACCAUCACUGACCUGGUCCUGUACUCUCCCUGGAACUGUGGUACCACUGGUGUUGUAACCUAUGGCAUUGCAACAGGAAAAAUGAGGCCACAGCACAGAGUUUUUUACCGUUCACUACCGUUGUUUUUCCACGGUGUAAUUCCUCUUGACAAAUAUCAACCCCUGAACCUGCCAAACUACUGGAACUCACUGAAGAAAGCCGGAGGACGCAUGAUCCCAAAUAUCAUUGUGAGCCCUCUGAAGGAAGAUGAUGGUACGUGGAAAACAUUUAAGUCUCUCUCAUCAAAAUAUGGUCCACCAGGACGAAACCGAAUCGUCAUCCCGUUCAUCGUCCCAGGGGAGAGAGAAAGUGUCCUGUUCUCUGUCGUCUGCUUGGCUCUGUCCCUGGUGCUCCUCUCUUCCAGGUUUAAAGCCACCGUGCACCUUGAUACCUGUCUGAGUGAUAAGUCUACAGGACAGAAAUCUGACAGGAAGUAUCUGCAGGAGCAGUACUGCUGCACUGAAGACAACACUGUGAUGACCUGCUCACCAGAUGCAUUCGAUGUGAACUGGUUGGAUCGUUUUAAGAAUCUGUUGAGUUAAAUACACUCAAUCGACAUCUUAUCAUCUUUUCUGUGUUAAAUGUUUUAAAACUGUUUCAGAAACAUUUAACCACAAAAACAGUUUUAUUGUUUCUCUGAAAAAAGAAACCCACACAGGACUCAUGUUAGAACAUAUGUUUGAGUUUAAUUACAAUCACAGAUGCUUCCAGUAGUUCAAAGUAGCCUUCAGUCUAUCAGCCAGUUUUUUUCUUCUUUAAUGAAGCCUACAUGAAUCUGAAUCAGAAUACUUUAUUGAUCCCUAGGGGAAUUUAUUUAAUUAUUAUAUGAAUCAGUCUCCAGAUUUUUGUGCACUUUAAGCUGUUUGUGUUGUUGCUGCUUUUCCUCAGAGCUCAGGCUGGACUUCAGUGUACAG